AUGUCGAAUCAACCAGUCGCCGAAGUGGCCGAAUCGACUCAGACCUCGGAGGAGAAAAGGGACGAGCCCACCCAGCCUAAAGAGGGGGAGACCAGCCCCGACUAUCCUGAGGGAGGCUUCAAGGCCUGGAGCGUGGCGCUGGGAAAUGCCGGCGUCAUGUUCUGCACCCUAGGCUACAUCAACUCCUGGGGUGUUUAUCAGGCCUACUACGAAGCAAACCAGCUCCGCAACUCGACUGCGUCGGCGAUCUCCUGGAUUGGCUCGCUCCAGUCGUUCUCCAUCUUCAGCGCCGCUUUGGUCGGCGGCCCUCUGUUCGAUAGAUACGGCGGCAAAAUCAUCUACCCUCCGGCUCUGGCAUUCGUAUUCACUAUAUUCAUGACGAGUCUGUGCAAGGAAUACUAUCAGUUCAUACUGGCCCAGGGCAUCCUCGGCGGCGUUACACAGGGUCUGACCAUGGCGCCUGCCAUGGCUGCGACGCCGCAAUACUUCUUCAAAAGGCGCGGCGUGGCCAUGGGCUUGGGAGUCGCAGGCGCUUCUAUCGGCGGAGUCAUACAUCCCAUUGUGCUGAACCAAUUGCUCACACAGACCGAUCUCGGUUUUGGGUGGUCCGUUCGAAUUGAAGCCUUUUUGACUCUGGCUAUUCUUCUCAUCUCAUGCCCUGCCAUCCAGGCUCGUGUGCCACCGCGCAAAAGCAGCUUCUUUCUGCUGAGAGCUUUCAAAGAAGCAGGGUACACUUCACUUAUUGUCGGCUCGUUCUUCACUUUCAUGGGAAUGUUCUGUCCACUCUUCUACCUUCCUUCCUACGGCAUAUCACAAGGCAUGACACCCACGUUGGCAUUCUAUCUCAGCGCCAUUCUCAACGCCGCCUCCUUCCCUGGCCGCAUCGUCCCCGCAAUUCUUUCCGACAAGUUCGGCAAGCUCAACGCCUUUGCCGCGGCAGGGAUAACGACAGGUUUACUCACGCUAUGCUGGCAGUUUGUAAAGGGCAACGUUGGCGUCAUUGUCUUCACCGCGCUGUUCGGCUUCUUUUCUGGAGCGAUCAUAUCUGGCGGCACGGUGACACUAGCCAAUUGCGCAAAGCAUCCCAAAGAUAUAGGAACAUACAUGGGAAUGGGAAUGGCAUGGACCUCGGUGGGAAGCUUGAUUGGACCGCCCGUUAGCGGUGCUCUGAAGGACACGGAUCUGGGGUAUAAGGCAGUGGCGAUGUUUGCCGGGACGGCGAGUCUGCUGGGUGGACUGCUCGUCCUGCUUGUAGUGAAGCCAUUGAGUGGGUUCAAGAUUUUGUCACUGGGGUGA